GAAUUCCUUCCUCUUUACUCUGACAAGCUGAUUAUAAGAACAAAAUCAGGUGUGUUAGUGUGUAUAUUUCUCUCAUAGAAAAAUUUUCCCCCAUUCAUCUACAGUGCGAAUUUAUUUAUUUACAGUUUAAUCACGACUCUGAAUAAGUAGGAAAAAAAUGAUGGAACGAGAAUCUUCCACGGAUGAAGAAGACGAUCGCGGAAACCUAAUCUCCCAAAACGACACCGUUAAAUCCCCUCAGCGUUCUACUUUCGAAAUUGGGGAUUUCAGGACACGAUUAUCCAAUUCUGCCCGACGAUUCGACAAGAGGUACCUUUACCUUCUUGCUGUAUUCUUGCCACUUUUUAUUUUAAUCCUCUAUUUCACCAUCGAUACGAAGAACCUUUUUCAAACCCGCAUUCCAAUUGUAAACAAUCAUGGAAGUAGUAAUCCUCUGAUUGUUAAUCGCAUGCGAGAGUCUGAAUUGCGCGCACUGUAUUUACUUAAGCAGCAACAAUCUGAGCUACUCAAACUAUGGAAUUACAGCACAUUGGUGAGUAAAUCAUAUUUGACUACUGUAAAUAGCAAUAGUUCGGUGAACAUGAGUUCUGUUAAUAAUAAUACUAAUCAUGGAGUGCCCGCAUUGUCAUUGUUGGAGGAUUUGAAAUCCGGGGUUUUUAGCCACAUUUCAUUGAACAAGAAAAUUCAGGAAGUUCUGUUGUCAGCCCAUGAAAAUGGGGAUUUCUUGGGUUUGAAUGAGAAUUAUACGGAUCCAAGUGUUGCGGAUUGGACUAGGUGUAGUAAGGUGGAUCAGAGGUUAUCUGAGAGGAGGACUAUUGGAUGGAACCCAAAUUUGAAUAAGUACUUGUUAGCUAUUUGUGUUUCUGGGCAAAUGUCAAACCAUUUGAUUUGUUUGGAGAAGCAUAUGUUCUUUGCAGCUUUGCUCAAUCGUGUUUUGGUGAUCCCAAGUACAAAAGUUGAUUACGAGUUCAAACGGGUGUUGGAUAUUGAGCAUAUUAACAAGUGUCUAGGGAGGAAAGUAGUUGUGACAUUUGAGGAGUUUGUGGAGAGUAAGAAGAAACAUUUGCAUAUUGAUAAGUUUUUGUGUUAUUUCUCGCUUCCACGGCCUUGUUAUCUGGAUGAUGAGCGCUUGAAAAAGUUGAAAGGGCUGGGAUUUUCGUUGGGUAAGAUUAAGACCGUUUGGAAAGAGGAUGUUAAGAACCCAAAUCAAAGAACGGUUCAGGAUGUCUUGGCAAAGUUUUCUUCAGAUGAUGAUGUUAUUGCCAUUGGAGAUGUAUUCUUUGCUGAUGUUGAGAGACAGUGGGUGAUGCAGCCGGGAGGGCCUAUAGCCCACAGUUGUAAGACUUUAAUUGAGCCAAGUAGGCUUAUAAUGCUCACUGCACAGCGUUUUAUUCAGACAUUCAUGGGAAAAGAUUUUAUUGCUCUUCACUUUCGUCGCCAUGGAUUUUUGAAGUUCUGUAAUGCAAAAAAGCCUAGUUGCUUUUACCCUGUUCCUCAAGCUGCGGAUUGUAUUAGUAGAGUUGUUGAGAGGGCCAAUACACCUGUUAUAUAUCUAUCUACAGACGCUGCAGAAAGUGAAACUGGUUUGCUGCAAUCACUUCUUGUCUUGAAUGGGAAAAGUGUGCCACUUAUUAAGAGGCCAGCUCGUAAUUCUGCUGAGAAAUGGGAUGCGUUGUUAUACAGACAUGGACUUGAGGGAGAUUCUCAGGUGGAAGCAAUGCUGGAUAAGACUAUUUGUGCAUUGUCUUCAGUGUUUAUCGGAUCGUCUGGAUCCACUUUCACAGAGGAUAUUUUGCGGCUGCGAAAGGACUGGGGAUCAGCAUCAUUAUGUGAUGAGUACCUUUGCCAAGGUGAAUUGCCAAAUAUUAUUGCGGAAGAUGAGUAAAAGAAAGAAAUCUCACUGUAGAUUAUGGAUAUAAGUUAGGAAUACAUUUUAAAUUUUCUAAUGCUCCCGAGCUGAUGGGAUUAGCAUUGGUCAGAGAUGGAGGAGUUGAGUUCCUCUGAUGCAAUUGAAACUUAUGAGCCGAAUCAAUUUAUGUCGUGCCAGAUUGAACUGCCAAAACUUGUAGCCAAUGGGUGGCUGACUGGGGACUGUAGAUCUUGUGGAACCUUUGUGUACUGCUGAAGGUUUUAACUUUUGCUCGAUUUUUCUUGCACCAUGUUCUGACGUACUAUAGCUUUGGUACAUAACAAAUUCUCUAUGCUAUGUUUUUGUUUCCGAUUGAACAAUAUCCAUCUUUGAUGCAUUGUUGGAAUUUUGGAAAGACUAAUUAGAGGGAAUUGAAUAAAUUUUAGAAAAAAUAAGUUGAUAAUA